AGUUGUGUCCAUGCACAAAAAGUUUCGGUGCACACUUCAGCACUUGACAUUGAGCUCCAUCAGUGAGUUUGUGUUUGAUUGUCUGUAGCAACCGGCAACCACCGCGGCGAGGGAGGCGACCUGCUUCUUCAGGCUUAAGCUGGAUCAAUAUGGAGAAAUAUGCCCCUACAUUUAGCAAAGUUUUGCUGACACCUGAUCCACAUUAUAUACCGGGGUAUGCAGGGUACUGCCCACAGCUGAAGUACAAUGUGGGGAAGUCUUACGGCCAGCUCACAGCCGAGCUGUUGACUAGUCCAGGGGUGAAACACUCCGAUCGUCUGGUCCUCCACACGGGUCAUGUCCCCUCCACAGAGGCUGACCUUGGUCUGACACAGAGAAACAUCCUUGACAGUAACUUGAAGAAGAUGAUACCAGGAUACACAGGUUUCAUUCCAAAAAGUCAGAACUACUUUGCCUGCAGCUAUUCUGAAACAUGCCGUAAAGCGCUGUCUGAGUUUUACCAGGAGGGGCGUUCAAAGAUCCAACGGCAAUCAACAGAUCUGCCAACUGUUGUCAACCACACCAGCCAACAGUUUGAAAGACCGAAACCCCCUUUGACGGCAAUCUCCAGUAAAGUGAUCUACGACAAGCCCUUGAAGUCCUUCACCCCCGCUGGAAAACCAUAUUUCAUGGAUGAUGAUAACCCGUACAAGUACUUUAUCUCAGGUUUUACAGGGCAUGUGCCAAAAUCCCGCUUCCUAAUUGGCAAAGGUUACCCCAUCACUACCAACCAGGCACUGAUCCAAUUUGGAAAGCAGCAGCAGAGUGACCCCACGUCCCAAGACAUCCCAAACAGGAAGGACAGUACAAUAACCACUCUUCCCACUAUCUAUCCAUCAAACAGAGGUGUGGUUCCGUCAUUCACAGGACACAUCCCAGGAUACCAGUUCAUGUAUGGACACACCUUUGGUCAACUUUCCCAGAACGCACUGGAAAAGAGUGGCAUCAAGAGGAUCCUUCAGGCAAAGUCAUGAAACCAUCAUACACUUCAAUAAAAUGAUCAUUAUUAGCAAGAUAAAGGAGUUGUGACACAAGUCAAAUAAAAGAACUUA